GUCCUUGUUUCAAUUUCAGAUGGAUUUGAAAUUGCAAUGGAUUAUUAUGUGCUUUAAACAUUGACUUCUAUUUUAUAUUUUACCGGGAAAUAAUGAUGCUCUCACUUUAGUCUCCCAUAUAGAUUUAUCUCAACAGCACCACGUGUGAAGUCUGCUCACUAGGUACUAGUAGUGGGUCUUCAUUGAAUCCCCCAACAGCCACAAAGCAGCUGUUGCACUCGGGUAAUCAGGCGCCAUGACAGACUCGAUAUUACUUGCCCUCGUUUGUGUCUUUGCCAGCGCUUCUACACAGAAUAAUUGCAAAAGUCUGCAGGUAGCUGCGAACGGAACUCUUUCAAGUGGGACAUACACUGUCCAAAACAGCUUGUGUCAGUCGUUCCGUAUAUAUUGCCUCUUUAAAGAAGGAUACGGCUACACAUUUCUCUCCAGCAACACAAACGUCACGGUCAACAUGGAAUCUCUCUACGAUGACAAAACACAUAUUUUGGUUCGCUUCACCAAGGCCAAUAAGCAGUACGAGUCUACCUUAGCUCAAAUUGACACGUUCGCCUCGGUUCCCCUGUCCAUACAAUACAACAGCUACAUUGGCUAUAAUGAGCCACACAACGUUAAUAUGACGCCGUACAUUUACGUCGGAUUUAUUCCCGCGUCAAACACGUCCAAAGGUGCGAGACAGGGAUGGAAGACGAACGGACAGGAGCAGUUCUUUAACAAUUGUGAUGCCAACCCGAACAGCUACAUAAUGUUUAUGUUCAACCAUGAAAAAAGAGGAUAUACGGAUUACGUCGGCGGCAAAAAUUCGUUGCUGUACAAAUGGUACGACAACGGAAAAGAGGUCUUGUCGUUGUCGGAUUACGUUCCCGACGAGUUUUUUACGAGUUACCACGAGAUCAGUCAUGGGGGCUGUGGCGGUUAUAGUCGUGGCAGUAACGUUCCGACAACUGCCAAUGUUGGCAUGAAAUUUGGUGAGUAG